AUGUGGAAUCCCCUUCACGACGCCGACGCGGCCGUGGUGGCCCUGCGCCGGCCGCGCUGGCUGUGCGCCGGGGCGCUGCUGCUGGCCGCCGGGCUCUUCCUCUGCGGCUUCCUCCUCGGAUGGUUUAUAAAACCCUCCAAUGAAGCUCCUGACAUCAUUCCACACCAUAACAUGAAGAAGACAUUUUUGGACGAACUGAAAGCUGAGAACAUCAAAACAUUCUUAUAUAAUUUUACACGGAUUCCACAUUUAGCAGGAACAGAACAAAACUUUCAGCUGGCAAAGCAAAUUCAAUCCCAGUGGAAAGAAUUUGGCCUGGAUUCUGCUGAUUUAGCCCAUUAUGAUGUCCUGCUGUCCUAUCCAAAUAAGACACAUCCCAACUAUAUCUCAAUAAUUGAUGAAGAUGGACAUGAGGUUUUCAACACAUCAUUAUUUGAACCACCUCCUCCAGGAUAUGAAAAUAUUUCAGAUGUGGUGCCACCUUACAGUGCUUUUUCUCCACAAGGAAUGCCAGAGGGUGACCUGGUGUAUGUGAACUAUGCACGAACGGAAGACUUCUUUAAACUCGAGCGGGAUAUGAAAAUCAAUUGCUCUGGGAAGAUUGUGAUUGCCAGAUACGGGAAAAUUUUUAGAGGAAAUAAGGUUAAGAAUGCCCAGCUAGCGGGGGCCAAAGGACUCAUUCUGUACUCAGACCCUGCUGAUUACUUUGCUCCUGGGGUGGCUUCCUAUCCAGACGGUUGGAAUCUUCCCGGAGGCGGUGUCCAGCGUGGCAAUGUCUUAAAUCUUAAUGGUGCAGGUGACCCUCUCACACCUGGCUACCCAGCAAACGAAUAUGCUUAUCGACGUGAAAUCCCAGGGGCUGUGGGCCUUCCAAGUAUUCCUGUCCAUCCAAUUGGAUACUUCGAUGCACAGAAGCUCCUGGAGAAAAUGGGUGGGACAGCACCUCCGGACAGCAGUUGGAAAGGAAGUCUCAAAGUGCCCUACAACAUUGGACCUGGCUUUAUUGGAAACUUCUCUACACAGAAAGUCAAGAUGCACAUCUAUUCCAGCAAUAAAGUGACAAGAAUUUACAAUGUGAUUGGAACUCUCCGAGGAGCAGUAGAACCAGACAGAUAUGUCAUUCUUGGAGGUCACCGUGACUCAUGGGUGUUUGGUGGCAUUGACCCUCAGAGUGGAGCAGCUGUUGUUCAUGAAAUUGUGAGGAGUUUUGGAAUUCUGAAAAAAGAAGGAUGGAGGCCUAGAAGAACAAUUUUGUUUGCAAGCUGGGAUGCAGAAGAAUUUGGUCUUCUUGGUUCUACUGAGUGGGCAGAGGAGAAUUCCAGACUCCUUCAGGAGCGUGGUGUGGCCUAUAUUAACGCAGAUUCUUCUAUAGAAGGAAACUACACUCUGAGAGUCGAUUGUACACCACUGAUGUACAGCUUGGUAUACAACCUAACAAAGGAGCUCCAAAGUCCUGAUGAAGGCUUUGAAGGCAGAUCUCUGUAUGAGAGCUGGAAUGAAAAAAGCUCUUCACCAGAGCUCAUUGGCAUGCCCAGGAUUAGCAAGUUGGGAUCUGGUAAUGAUUUUGAGGUGUUCUUCCAAAGACUCGGAAUUGCUUCAGGCAGAGCACGGUAUACUAAAAAUUGGGCCAUAAACAAAUUCAGCAGUUACCCAUUGUAUCACAGUGUUUAUGAAACCUAUGAAUUGGUGGAAAAGUUUUAUGAUCCAACUUUUAAGUAUCACCAUGCCGUGGCCCAGGUUCGAGGAGGGAUGGUAUUUGAACUAGCCAGUUCUGCCGUGCUCCCUUUUGACUGUCGAGAUUAUGCCAUGGUUUUAAGAAAGUAUGCUGACAAAAUCUACAACAUUUCAAUGAAACAUCCGCAAGAAAUGAAAACAUACAGUGUGUCCUUUGAUUCACUCUUUUCUGCAGUGAAGAACUUUACAGAAAUUGCUUCUAAGUUCAAUGAGAGACUGCAAGACUUGGAUAAAAACAACCUAAUGUUAUUGAGAAUGAUGAAUGAUCAACUGAUGUUUCUGGAACGAGCAUUUAUUGAUCCUUUAGGACUACCAGACAGGCCUUUCUAUAGGCAUGUCAUCUAUGCACCCAGCAGCCACAAUAAGUACGCAGGGGAGUCAUUCCCAGGGAUUUAUGAUGCUCUGUUUGAUAUCGAAAGCAAAGUGGAUCCUUCCAAGGCCUGGGGAGAGGUGAAGAGACAGAUUUCUGUCGCCGCCUUCACCGUGCAGGCUGCGGCAGGGACACUGAGAGCAGUAGCCUGA